AAAAAAAAAAAAAGCCAACGCAAUAUCAGAUGAUUUAGCAGCGGAUCUGGGGUUUACUAAUGAUGGUGUUAACUUAAGUAUCCUGGUCUACUUUGUAGUAUUCACCGUCAGUGCAUUUAUCUCGAGCACAAUCGGAAAGGCAGUCGGUACUCAUCUUUGGAUUCCAAUUUUGAUGACCUCUUGGGCUAUUGUCACUUGGGCGCAUUGCCUUGUUCACAAUUUCGCUGGUUUUCUGACUGUUAGAAUUUUAAUUGCGGCUACAGAGGGAGGUUUCAUUCCUACUUGUCUAACAUAUAUGACUAGAUGGUAUAAAACAACAGAAAUGGCCACAAGAUUAGCAUGUUUUUGGGCGGCUCAAAACCUUGCCUCAGCAUCCUCGGGCUUGAUUGCGUUCGGUGUCUUCCGUUUAGAAGGUACAUUGGGCCUUGAAGGUUGGAAAUGGCUUUUCAUUGUUGAUGGUAUAAUUACUCAUGUCGUUGGAUUUAUGGCAUUCUUUUACGUGCCUUCGUCGCCAAUGCGAACGGCUGGUAAGCUAAGAGGAAAGAAAGGCUGGUUGACAGAGAGGCAGAGCAGGAUAGCUACGUUAAGAAUCUUUCGAGAUGAUGAAACAAAGAGAAGCGGCGAUAAGCAUGUUAGCCUUAAGGAUAUACUACAGGCAGCCACGGAUACCAAUUUGUGGGUACAUCUUAUUAUUACAUUUUUAGGUCAAAUGCAUGAAACUCCCAUUUAUAGCUAUUUACCUUCCAUCAUUAAAGAUUCAGGAUUUGCAACUACAACGGCUAACCUCUUAGCAGCCCCUGCUUAUAUCAUCAAUCUCAUUUUCUCCGUAAUUAUCGCUCAUAAUUCUGACAAACGCGGAAAUGUUGCUUUGCAUGCUAUCAUCGGUAGCGCUUGGGCCCUACUUGGCGUCUGCUUAUUGGAAUUUUUGCCUGAUACGGCUGACCGAUGGAGUUUAUAUGGCGCAGCUCUAUUUGCAGCCUCAGCGCCCUCUUGGCACGGAAUGCAAAUCGCUUGGAUGUCUGCAAAUUUGGCGCCUAAUGGAAAGCGGUCAAUUGCAUUGGCUGCUGUAAUAGCAUUUGCUAACAUAAAUGGUGUACCUGGGUCGCAAUUAUAUCGUAAGUUAGAUCGUUUUAUGGUAAAGAUACUUCUUUAUGAACAAAAAGUCUUAUUAUUCUCUUGGACAUGUAGAGGCGGCUGAUGCACCAAGGUUUAGAAAGGGCAAUCAAAUCAUUAUUGGCCUGCUGAUUGCUACCAUAGCCUUAUUCCUUCUUCAAAGAACAAGAUAUGUCUUUGUGAACAAGUGGAGACAGAAAAGAUGGAACAAUUUAAAUGAUAACGAGAGACAAAAAUACCUAGAAAAAAACGAGCAUGAAGGAAAUAAUAGAUUGGACUUCAUUUACAGAUUAUAACAACUAUAUACCUAUCUACACAAACUUACACCAUCAUGGACAAUUAAACAUACAAAAGCUUAAAAUAUAUGGAGUAUCCUUUACCCAUCGGCUCGUACGCUUCGCCUUUUUUUUUUUGUUUUUUGUUUU